GUCGCGGUGGCUUCUGGGAGUCUUCAAACUCGACCAGCCGCCAUCUUUCUUCAGAUAACAAGUUUGUGUGAUUUGACACUGUUCAAUUUUAAUUUAUGUCCCUAUCCACAAAAUAACCAAUCUGAGGGACCGUCAGCCGUUGUAACCGUAAAGUCAAACAACUGAAGCUUGGAGGAAAUUGAUAAGCACGAGUAAAACAACACAGUUUAAGUACAGCCACUUGACUGGCGGUGGUGGUCAACAUGGGCCGCUCUCGAAGCCGCAGCUCAUCCCGGUCCAAACACUCCAAAAGCAGCAAACACGGUAAGAAACGGAGCCGCUCUCGGUCAAGGUCUAGAGACAGAGAGAGGUCUAAGAAACGCUCCAAGUCGCGGGAAUCGAAAAGAAAUCGGCGCAGAGAGUCUCGUUCCCGUUCCCGCUCCACAACAACUUCGUCCCGCAGAGAGAGAGCCGCCUCGCCGCCGGAGCGCAUUGACAUCUUCGGCAGGACAUUGAGCAAAAGGAAUGCGCUGGACGAGAAGCAGAGAAAAGAAGAAGAGGAAAGGAAGGCAGAGAUGGAAAGGCAACGAAAAAUGUCUGCUCUGGCUGUGGCGCAAAAAAAGUUGGGGACCGAGUGUCUACCUACGCAUUCGAGACAUCGCCAACAAGAGAUUGAGGAGAAGCUGAUCGAAGAGGAGACGGCACGUCGUGUGGAGGAGCUGGUGGCCAAACGGGUCGAGGAGGAGUUGGAGAAAAGGAAGGAUGAGAUUGAGAGGGAGGUUCUGCGGCGUGUCGAGGAGGCGAAACGCAUCAUGGAGAAGCAGCUUCUGGAGGAGCUUGAACGACAGCGACAAGCUGAGUUGGCAGCUCAAAAGGCCAGAGAGGAAGAAGAAAAAUCUAAACGGGAGGAGCUGGAGAAAAUCCUGGAGGAGAAUAACCGCAAGAUCGCCGAGGCUCAGGCCAAGCUGGCUGAGGAUCAGCUGCGUAUCGUGGAGGAGCAGCGGAAGAUCCACGAGGAGCGCAUGAAGCUGGAGCAGGACCGUCAGAAACAGCAAAAGGAGGAACAGAAAAUAAUCCUUGGUAAGGGCAAGUCCAGGCCCAAGCUCUCCUUCUCCCUGAAGGCAACCGAAUGAAAACUGCUGCUCCCUCUGUCCACCACCGGUCCUGCCCCCCGCCCCGACCUCCACCUGCAUUCAUCCACCUCCGUCUCUCCUGUCCCAUGACUCGGCCUCCACCUCCCUCCUCCAUCUUGGUGGAACAACCGCUUCGUUUUGGAAGUGAUGAAGGGGGCUGAUGGAGGGCUGGGGGGGGAGUGGGAGUGACAGUGGGGUGGGGGUGUGUGUGUGUGUGUGAAGGAGAUGAAAACCAACAAUCAUACUCUCAAAAAGAGGCAGAAGGACCUGACCACCCGCUCCUCCACCCGCCUGGACCCCGACCACACAGACUGAUGACUCUGUGGCUUUUAUUUCCUCGUAGGGAACUGAGACUGUUGUUGUAGAAUGAUGUCUGUUGUUAAGUCUUAACUCUGUUCCGUGAGAACGUCUGUGCUGCUGGAGCCUGUCUGUAGAACCAGCCAAACAGAUCCACACGGGACCGCGAGUCCAGUCACGUGCAGCCUGGAGUCGGCCUCUGGAGUUCCACUUUUUAAGUCCCUUUACUUUUGUGUUUUUUGUUUUGUUUUCUUUGUCAUGGUGAUGCACCUCCUGACAGGGAGUGUCCUCCUCAGCAUCCUGCUCUCCGUGACAUCAUCACUCGCUGUAUUUAAAUCACUUUUUUUCUUUUAAAAAAAAAAUCCUCCAUGAAGUCCAGAUCUGGUCUGCACAUGAUAGAAACACACACACUGUGAAAGGGGUGUGUGUGUGUGUGUUGUAAUGUUAGGAGCUUUUUUGGUGUGGUGGCCCCCUUGCCCCCCCCCCCCCCCUCCCCCUCAGUUCAGAGUGUGUUAUCAAAUCUAUCCAUCAGUUGAAAAAAAAAAAGUAAGGAAAAUGUUUUGAGUUUUUAUCAGACUGAGCAGCAGAGAGUCAAACAGUGGACGGACGAGUUCAGGUAUUUAAAGGUCUGCGGUUAGUGUGAGAGUGUGUGUGUGAGAGAGUGUGUGUGAGUGAGAGAGUGAGACGGUCAGAGAGACUGACCUCAGGUGGGUAUAUUUAAUAUUUCUUUUUCUGUGGGAACGUGUUUGUCUCCUUUCAAUGUGGCCCAGUUGUUGAAGGGACUGAACUCCAGACUAAACCGCUCCACUGCUCCACUGCUCCGGCUCUCUGACUGUAUUCAAUACCAGAGUCCAAACAGAUCCAACUGUGGAAACUUUUGUCCCAAAAUCUUCAGCUUAAAGAAAUAAACUUUAAAACUUGACUCAGACUUUCUCUGCAGCAGCGUGUUUGUACAUCCUGUGAUGACGUCACACCGAACAGAUUCCUAUCGCGGUAGUUAAGUUCCAAGACUGACCGCGAAAA